AUGAAGUUUAAUUUCGUCACUUUGUUAGCCAUUUUAGCCAGUGGUGUUUUCGCCGCUGAUGAAACCAACACAACCACUACUGCCAGAUCUACUACAACCACCACUGGAUCAAACUCAAAAUCAACUUCAACUUCUUCUACUGAUACUUGCUCUUUUUCAAGAACCACCAUCACAAACGCUACCGCACUUCAACAAUUGACAUCAUGUGAAACUUUGGAUGGAGAAAUUACCAUCUCCGGUAACGAGUUUGCUUCGAUUGAUUUACCUCAGUUGCGAGAAAUUGCUGGUGAUGUUACUGUUAUCAAUUCAAAAUCAAUUGUCGCAAUCAAUUUGAACCAAUUGAGAAGUAUUGAUGGUAAAUUAACCGUUACCAAUAUGACCCAAUUAAACACGAUUGAUUUGUCAAGUUUGAGAAAUUCACAAGAUUUGGAAUUGGUUUCAUUACCCUCGUUUGCCAAUUUGGUGUUGAAUCGUGAAUUGGAAAGAGCUGGCAAGGUGAUUUUGUCCGAUACUGCAUUGACCAAUUUGAACGGAUUAACUUCGUUCAACAAUAUUCAGUAUAUGAAUAUUAACAAUAAUAAAAACAUUACUCAGAUUCAAUUCCCCAAUUUGAGAAGUGUUACUGAUGCAUUGAUUUUGAGCUUCAACAAUGAUGAUGCUGUUGUUGAAUUGAACGAUUUAGAAUGGGCAGCUAACUUAACCGUGCAAUCAGUUGGUCAAUUGUCAGCUAGUGAAUUGAGAGCCGUUAAUGGUACAUUGCAAGUUAGUUACAACUUGUUUGAAUCAUUGAAUCUUUCCACUUUGACCUAUGUUGGAUCAAGUUUACAAGUUUUUGCUCAUGAUGAAUUGACAUCAAUCGAUUUCAAGAGUUUGAGAGAAAUUGGGGGUGAAUUGAGUCUUUUCAACAAUUCAGAAUUGCAUGAUUUACAAAAUGCAUUCCCUAGUUUGGAAGUUGUUGAAGGUGCAGUUGCCAUUAGUGGUGAUAUUGCCAAUUUGUCAAUGAAUAGUUUGGAAAAAGUUAAAGGUGAUUUUCAAUUGAAUUCAACUUCAGAGGAUUUCGAUUGUUCUGAUUUUGAUCAAUUGCAUGAUGAUGGAGAUAUUGAAGGUAACAAUUAUAUCUGUUCUACUGCUGUUGCUGAAAGUGAAUUGCAAUCAGCUGCUACAGGUACAACAACUCGUAGCGGAAGUACUUCCACCAACACUGGAUCAUCAAGUGAAGAGACUGGUUCACCAAAUAAAUCAAAUGGUGCUAACAAGUUGUUUAUCUCUAGCUUGGUUAUGCCACUAGGAUUAAUCCUCGCUGUGGCCCUCUUGUAA